AAACAUGGUCCACUCACAACUGCUGGCGGGUCUGAAGUGCGGUUGCCCCCAACACUUCUCCCAAAGUAUCUGUCAAGAGAAUGGUCAGCAGAAAUUAGAUCUAGCUUUCGGAGAAAUCAACCAAGACAGUGAAGACAGAGAAAAUGCAUUCUGGACCCGCUACUGUUUCCAACCUUCACUUCAAAUAAAGCCCAUAGUUUAUUAAAAAAAAAAAAAUUCACGGAAAGAGAAAAUUCGGCCCUGGGAUCUUUAAAAAGAUGUCGGUUACUAGAUGCAAAAGAGAAAAGUCACUGUGGAGGUGAGGGCCCGCGCCCCUGCUUCUGAGAGGCAGGAGAGCUACAUGGGGAAAUUGUCUCAAAACAAACGGAAGAGAUGCGAUUGUUUUCCUUAAAGACUACCUGGUUAAGGAACUGAUUGGUAAUAUGGCUAUCUCUGUCCCUAUAACCCCUUAUAAGCCCUUUGGUUAAACAUCUGAAAUGCAUUUUUUUGUUUGUUUGUUUUACUUUCAAGCCAGUGGUUUUCAGGGGAAAAAAAGCUUUGAGAACGAGCACAUUAUCAGUUAGAUUUAAGACCAAUUGCUUUUAAGUCACCAAUUUAAAAUAUUAUUUUCUUCGAUUUCUUAAAGCAGAUUUAAAUUUACCCCCUUUGUAUGAAUCUUAAGACCUGGAACUUUAAACACGCUCACGGAUCUCUCUGCACAACAUCCAGCUUUAAAUGGGAGGGUCGCCACUGCUUUAUAACAUAACAAAUUCGAGAAAAAAUGGCUUCUGUAUGAGUUCUUUGGAGACAAGAUAGUUCCAGAAACUGCAGGCCAGGAGCUAGCAAAACCUCUGUGCGUUUUGGAACCUCCAGUAAGCCAGACUUGGUAUCUGAAAUAACACAAGGAAACCUCAGCAUGUUACCUCAUGGGCCACAAGCAAGCUUCCCAUCCCCGCCUCAGGGUCCGGGGAAGCGGCGUGUCCCGUGGCCGUAGCAGAGCGCGGGGUCGGUCUGGAGCGCCAUGAGCAGCCCGGAUGCGGGAUACGCCAGUGACGACCAGAGCCAGCCUCGGAGCGCGCAGCCCGCGGUGAUGGCCGGGUUGGGCCCCUGUCCCUGGGCCGAGUCCCUGAGCCCUCUCGGGGACGUAAAGGUGAAAGGAGAGGUGGUGGCGAGUAGCGGGGCGCCAGCCGGGACCUCGAGUCGAGCCAAAGCCGAGUCUCGCAUCCGGCGGCCGAUGAAUGCCUUUAUGGUGUGGGCCAAAGACGAACGCAAGCGGCUGGCACAGCAGAACCCGGAUCUGCACAACGCAGAGCUGAGCAAGAUGCUAGGCAAAUCCUGGAAGGCGUUGACCUUGGCGGAGAAGCGGCCCUUCGUGGAAGAGGCCGAGCGGCUGCGCGUGCAGCACAUGCAGGACCAUCCCAACUACAAGUACCGGCCGCGGCGGCGCAAGCAGGUGAAGCGCAUGAAACGGGUGGAGGGAGGCUUCCUGCACGCUCUCGCCGAGCCUCAGGCCGGCGCGCUUGGUCCCGAGGGCGGCCGCGUGGCCAUGGAUGGCCUGGGUCUGCCUUUCCCGGAGCCAGGCUAUGCGGCCGGCCCGCCGCUGAUGUCCCCGCACAUGGGCGCCCACUACCGUGACUGCCAGGGACUGGGCGCACCCGCGCUCGACGGCUACCCUCUGCCCACUCCGGACACAUCCCCGUUGGAUGGCGUGGAGCAGGACCCGGCUUUCUUUGCUGCCCCGCUGCCAGGGGACUGCCCGGCGGCCGGAGCCUACACGUAUGCUCAGGUCUCGGACUAUGCAGUGCCCGCAGAGCCGUCCGCUGGCCCCAUGCGAGUGGGACCCGACCCCUCGGGCUCUGCGAUGCCGGGGAUCCUGGCGCCCCCCAGUGCUCUGCACCUGUACUACGGCGCGAUGGGCUCGCCCGCGGCCAGCGCCGGGCGCGGUUUCCACGCUCAGCCCCAGCAGCCACUGCAACCGCAGCCACCGCCGCCGCCACCACCGCCUCCACCGCCGCAGCAGCACCCGACGCACGGUCCCGGGCAGCCUUCUCCCCCUCCCGAGGCUCUGCCCUGCCGGGAUGGCACGGAACACAACCAGCCCACUGAGCUCCUUGGGGAGGUGGACCGCACGGAAUUCGAACAGUAUCUGCACUUUGUGUAUAAGCCGGAGAUGGGUCUUCCCUACCAGGGACACGACUGCGGUGUGAACCUCUCAGACAGCCACGGAGCCAUUUCCUCCGUGGUGUCCGACGCUAGCUCAGCGGUCUACUACUGCAACUACCCUGACAUCUGACGGUUGCCGAUUUGACCUGCGGGCUAGAAGCAGUGUUACACACUUCCUGGAAGCGCUAAGGAAAUCCUUAGCGUCACGCUGUUUUGUUUUUAAGUUGCCUUGGCAUAUAAUUUAUGGUAAUUUAUUUUGUCUGCCACUUGAACAGUUGAGGGGCUACAUGAGAUUCUCAUUUCAAAUGCCUCGAGGGGUUUGCUCCCCGCCAUCACUGUCCAGUUUUAGCCAGUUUUUAAUAUCUCACCAACUUGAUCCAAAGAAAUUUUGUCACGAUCUUAAAUAAAUUCUGGAAUCUUUUUUAAAAAAUCUCUAUCACAUUGGUUUUAUCAAAGUAAUUUAAAGAUCAACAGUAAAAUUACACAAUUAGAAGUGUAUAGUUAAUUGUAAAAUUUCUAUUUUCUUACAAAAUUUAAGAAACCCUAAAUACAAACAGUGGGGUGUUCAGAUGUGAUAUCAUUGUUCUCCUACGAAAAAAAUUCUCAGAGAAUGAACUUGCUAUGUACAUUCCAAAAUAUUGGUUUCUAAAAAUAAUACUGUAAAUGUUUUUAAUUCUGUAUACUUUAAUAAGGCUGUUCAAAAAAUUCUGGGUUUUUUUUUUGUCAUCUUGAUAUCUGCCAAAAGAGCUUUUCAGAUAUAUCUAUUUUCGUUUGUGUUUUCUUCCAAAUGUCUUUAUCCCUUUCCCCACAAAAUUUGCCUUUAAUCCCCACAUUUUUAGAGUCAGAGAAACUAAUCAAAAUAAAAUUUGUUGUGACUGUUAAUCAA